UCCAAUGCUUCUAAGAUGUAUUCAAAACCUACAUGGCACGAUCGGCGUGGUUACCCUCCUGCCCCAUUCCCCUAUCGCGACACUCCCCGCCCAUUGCCCAGCUCAACGUUAUCAAGCAACACGCCACAAUACCAGCAACCACAAUACCCGACGUUACAGCAAAUUCACAAUAAUCGUAAAGUAAGGCACAAUAAGAGGAGCAGAUCUAAAAGAAGACAGCAAAAGAAAAGGAAAGGAUGUAUGCAACGAAGACAUAUAGCUAUUGAUAUGCCAAUAUUCAAUAGAAGAAAGGCAAUUCUAAUUACAAAUUCACUGUUACUCACGUUAUUUUGGAUAACACUGGCUAGUUUAAUUACAUUUGGGAUAUUCAUGUGCCUGUACGUGUUUAAUUUUGAUGACGUCACACCCACCGAAGAACCAGCAGAAAAUUUACUUGUACCACUUGUUGCAAGAACGUUCGAUGGUUCUUUUGCACUUCUGACGAUCAAUGGUUCGACUGCUAAUUUUCAACCAGCAUUCAACGAUCCAAGUUCUGAGGAAUAUGUUGAAUUAGCCGACGCAAUCGAAGUAUCCCUUGAUGAUAUUUACAUGCCCAUCGAUAAUGCAACCUAUGUUGGAUCGACAGUAACUGGGUUUCAGGAGGGAAGCAUCAUCACCAACUUUAAGGUAAUGUUUGAAGUACGUGAAAAUUCGUCACUAGACCUUGAAACUGAACUCAAGUUAACUUUAAUUGAUGCAAUAGAAGGAGGGCGCCCUACUGGUAGUAACCUACUUCUUGGUGCAGAUCGUGAUACUGUCGUUAUUAUGCCUGGAGAAGCCGGACCGGUAACAUCUACUCCUUCGACAAACCCAGCAACACCUACACGAGAAGAAGUUAUUAUAGAUCCAACAUGUGGGAAUGAAAACAUCGAAUUGGAUCAGACAUAUAUGAAACAACGACUUCGAUCAUACGGCUACCCAGACCUACACGCAAACAUCAGUUGCACAUGGUUGAUAACUUCGCCUCAAUACACUACAAUACACGUAGAAUUUACAGACUUUGGUACCAUGACAGAAUCAGAGUACAUACGCAUUGGAAAUGGCUUGAAUAGUACCGACAUGGAAAGCGUACUUUUUGAAUACAGCGGAAACCAGAUUCCCUCGGGUAUCUUUAAAUCUACCGAGAAUACACUUUGGAUCCAGUUCGUUGGAAGUAUUGGUUCGAGAGGAUUUAGUUUAUAUAUCGAAUACCAUAUAGACUGUGGUGGAGACGUUGUCUUAAGUGCAAUACAUGAACCAGAAGUUAUAACGUCACUGGGAUACCCACAUGGCCUCAACGUACCAUUCCACUGUUUGUGGUUGGUAGUAUCUCCCAGUGAGACUAAAAUGGUGGUCACAAUUCAUGAUUUCGAUAUAAUUUUCCCAACGGAUUGGGUUCGAAUUGGUAAGGGGCUCAACGAAUCAUAUUCAAAUUCGAUCAUAUUUGAGCACAGUGGUCAAGGUGUUGAAACUACGAAGUUUAUUUCUUCAUCUAAUGAAUUGUGGAUAUCAUACAAUUCCCGUGAUGGAACAACCCAGAGGGGCUUCAACGUUACUAUCAGCUAUGGCCCUUUAUACGAAUGUGGAACUACUUCUCAUGUAUCACUGAGUGGAGCAGAGUAUUCAAACACACGCUGGCCUUGGUUGGUAUCACUGGUUGCUGAUGAAGAUGUAAUACACAAUUUUUCCUGUAACGCCAUAAUCGUUGGUAAACGCUGGUUACUCACAACUGCUAAAUGUCUUAUUAACUUUUCGUCCGAGAAAUUCCUCAUGGCGAGAGUAAAUGGCAGUACUAAUAGUAUCCUACUUGAAGUAGAUGACUUUCUUAUACAUCCGGGUUUUAAUUCUACCUAUAAUACUGAUCUAGCAGUUGUCCGUUUAUCAACAAACAUCUCAUUCUCUGAACAUGUUCGACACAUCUGCUUCCCGAUGACACACACGCCAUACGAAAGAUGUUUUAUAAUUGGCUUGGAAAUGACAAACCCCAUUGAAAUUGACCAAGAAAUGUUAGAAAAUGUUGAAAACUGUAUGGGUGUCGAUCCCAAUGAGUUCUGUGUUGCAUUACCUGACGACGUUGAAUCAAAUGUGCAGGAAGCUCAACAAACGCAGUUGAUUUGUACUAAUUCGGAUGGAUAUUGGGAUAGCGUCGGCAUUGCAGGCAACGUGUCUUUAUCUUCACUAAUGAAUGAACAUAUCUUAACGUACACGAACAUAUCAACAUUUGUAGGGUGGAUACAAGAUGCUAUAGCCAAUUGGGAUCAAUACGACACAAUAAAAGUUACUUGCGGACGGAAAGAGUACCAACUCAACAUUACAGAAAGUCAGAUAUUAUCCUCGCCGAACUAUCCAUCAAACUAUCCUCUUUAUAUCACAUGUGAUUGGACAAUAGUGGCACCAGAAAACUACAGAGUUUUGUUACAUAUACUAGAUUUCAGUACCCAAUUCUGUUGUGAUCUUGUCACUUUAAGUGACGUCAACUCUAGCCUCGUAUUAUCAGGUGAUAUUGAAAGUGAAUACUUAAUUUCCACUGGUAAUCAAGUAGAUGUUAUAUUUCACACAGAUAAAUUCACAACGGAACGAGGAUUCAUGAUAAGUAUAGAAGCAAUACUUGAAAAUGAUGAAGCUGCGUAUCGUGAGUUAUAACAAAGAAAAGUGUCUAUUACUAUUUUUUGGCCUUUUUAUGAUUGUGAUAUGAUUUUGGUAAUGUGAAUGUGAAUGCGAUUUUGAUUUUAAUAAAAAAAAAGUGUAAUUAUA